CCUUCCACUCCACAGAAGUUCCCUGUGGUUUCCCCGCGGAGCCGGGGCCGGGGCCGCUCGCCCUUGGGCGGGCUCACCUGCGCCGGGCCGGCCCCCUCGCGGGCGUCCCAGGCGGCUCGAGGCCGGGAGGAGCCGCGCCCCGCCUCGCCCCGCCUCGCCCCGCCCCCCGCGGCCGCAGCCGCCGCCGGCUCCCGGCGGGCGCGGUUCCGAGCGGGGCUGGGAGCCGGGCGAGCGCGCCCAGAGGCCCGGCGGGCGCGGGCGGCGCAGCUAUGAAAAUCUGUGCCUCCAGCUAUAACCAAACUGCCAAGUGGAUAACCAUGGACGACUUAUUGACCAGUGGCCUGUAAAAGGCCACAGAACGCCCUGCCCUGGAGGCUCAUUUUUAAUUCCCAAGAAGGCCCUUGCAACUUUGAAAGGAGAUCCCUGGUACCGCUUGUACUUUUCUGGUCCCAGACCUGGAACCAGUGACUACUUCAAGGAUUCCUGGUUCCUUUUGGAGAAUGUGCUUAGAAACCUAGACCUGGAUGCCAGGUUGGUUACUUUGGGCACAAACCUAUUCAUUGUCAGAGAAAAGAGCCUGACAACCGCCCUCUCUGAAGGUGUCCUUGAGUGAAGGUAGCAGGGAGUGAAAGAGGAGAAGGGAAGAAAAUUGAUUAAGAAAGAUACAUGUGUUUUGGACUCUGCAAGACACGAGUCAGAAUGCUGCUCCUCUGUCAGGCUCUAGCUGUAGCUGUUGUCCAGAUUUUUAUCUUCUCAGAAAACUGGGCGUUUGCCAAGAACAUCAACUUCUAUAAUGUGAGGCCUUCUCUCGACCCUACACCAUUUCCAAACAGCUUCAAGUGUUUUACCUGCGAAAAUGCAGGGGAUAAUUAUAACUGCAAUCGAUGGGCAGAAGACAAAUGGUGUCCACAAAAUACCCAGUACUGUUUGACAGUUCAUCACUUCACCAGCCACGGAAGGAGUACAUCCAUCACCAAAAAGUGUGCCUCCGCGAGUGAAUGCCGUUUUGUUGGCUGCCACCACAGCCGAGAUUCUGAACAUACAGAGUGCAGAUCUUGCUGUGAAGGGAUGAUCUGCAAUGUAGAAUUGCCCACCAAUCACACUAAUGCCGUCUUCGCUGUCAUGCACGCUCAGAGGACAUCGGGCAGCAGCGCGCCCACGCUCUACCCACUAGCGCUCACCUGGGUCUUCGUGCUCCCACUGCUAUAAUGUCACUGCUCUGAGGACAGACAGAGACCAGCCCGCUAAAGCACAAUUAUAAAGAACUGUGUCAACGGUGAACUUUGGCAUGAAGACCAGCUUUACACUUGGUCAAGAGUUCUCUUUGGACCCCAAAGCAAAGCCAGUUGUUUGCUUAGCUAAAAUGCUCAUGCAUAGGGCUGCAGGACCGAGAGGAGGGGUUUUGGCAAGGACUGAGGACGGUUAUCCAGUUUCCAGUCUUAGGGGGCUACAUUUUCUCAGUUCUGCCAGGAGGAUCUUGUCAGCACGACCUGGCCAUUGGACUUCCUCAGAGGCUGCUGGACUUCCUCAGAGCCCUAGACUUCCUCAGAGACUGCUGGGUCAGACAGUUUCCUUUCUGUGAUUCACUCAGCGCGCCACUGUGAAAUCUGACCCUUCCCUGAUGAGAAAGCAGUGUCCCCACCCAGGGGAUGAGAAAGGCAGCCUCAGAAGAAAACUUCCUUCCACUUGAACUAAUAUGAAAUCCACUCAUUAACUGGGGGAGCAGGGGGAAUAAAGCUUUUAAAUUAUAUAAUGUAAA